AUGAGCGGGGCUUACCUUUAUGAGGGAAAGCUGCUCCAAAUCAAGGAUAAAGUCAUGCAAGUACCAAAGUUUAGUACUUGGGAACAAAAAUGCGAUUGUCAUUGCUUCAAAAUUGCGUAUUUUCCAGAAAUCAAAACAUACUACUGUAACGAUUGGGAAAUGAACUGCACAACUGCAAUAUUUUCGACAUUAGUUGUUCUACUUUUGUUUGCAUUCGAAUUAUGGUCUUUAAUUGAAAAUUAUAAAGAAGUAUUACAAAUGAGUUUGAUAAUAGUUGGGUGUGUGAUACAUUUCUCUUACAUUAUUAGCCAUUUACUAACAAUGUGCACUUCUCCAGGCUACUUGCCAUGGUUCUGGAAUGUAGAGAGAAGGAAAAAAUAUUCUCAAGAAGAGAAAUGGUCAGGCAUCAUUACAAAUGAGAAACAAAAAGAGUUUGCACUCAGUGGUGAGUGCCCAGAUAGAUCAAUCGUUAGUUCGUCAGCCAGAAGAAUUGUUUUAAGAGCGGAUGUAAAUUGCGGAUGGAUAGCGAAUUGGAUUGGUGUAAAGAACAUAAGAUACUUUAUUAUCAUGCAGAUGUGGCUUUUAACCAUAUUUAUCUACUAUUUCGCAAUAUUUAUCAUGGAUAUGAUCGCAAUUAAAAGAAAUGGUUGGAAAUUAACAGUUCCUAGAUUAGCAUUCUUUAUAUCUAUAAUCCCGAUAGUAAUUACAUUCAUUUAUUUUAUCUUUUUCAUUCUCAAAUCUUUCAAAUUAAUCUUACACAACAAAGCUCGACUAUUCGAAGAGGACACAACUAAUCCUUACGACCUAAACAACUACGUGAACUGCAUGGAAUCGUUUGGACCCUCUUGGUGUUGUCCAUUAUGGCUAUUUCCUUUACCUUUCCCAGCAAUUCGCGAUGGAUUUGCUUAUUUGAGGAAUGAUGGUCAAGAAACUAACGGAGGAAUUGAAACAGCUAACGAUGAAAAGUUUAAUGCAUCAGAUUUCUUUGUUGGCGACGGAGCAGCAAGGAUUGACGAAAACGGAAAUGUUAUACAGGGAGAAGAUAAUCAGGAAAACUCAGAUAAUGCAAUAUAUCUGCUCGAAGAAGGAAAUAAUUUUUAUAUCGAUCAAGGAUCUUCAACUGUUAUGACAACAGGCCCUGGAAUACUAUCCGAAUCAGAUCUCUCAAUGACGGGAGGCAAUCCUGCACCUCAACAAGACUUUUAUCUUGGAGCAGAAUACGAUAAAACAGUAACAGGCCAAAAAGUUGACCAAACAAUGACACAAAUAGAAAGAGAAAAGCAUAGAGUAAGAAAACAGAAAAUAGGAUCACAAGAAAGAAUUAAACCACCAGAAAAUACAAAUUAUCCUAUACCAAGACUCAAACCAUUCGUUUCAUACAAGCCUGCAAUAGAAGUCCCAGAAAAGGAUGGCCCAGUGAGAUUUUUCUUUUUACCAUAA